AUGGCCAAGUUUGCAGAAAAAAGUUUAAAAAUCUUAUUUAAUAAUCGUCUUGGUAAACAAAUCAGAAGAUUUGCCCAUCAAAUGUCCGCCGAAAAGGCAAUGCUUAUCCCCCUGGAAAAGGAUCGCAUUAUAUCUCUCUCGGAGUUCAAGGAUAAGGUCCUACUGGUGGUCAAUGUUGCCUCUCAUUGUGGAUAUACUCCCAAUAAUUAUGAGCAAUUGGGCAAGUUGGCUGAAAAGUACGAUUCGCAAGGCCUAAAAGUGCUUCUUUUCCCGUGCAAUCAGUCAAAAUUAGAAUCCGGAACCACAUGCCAGAUUAGAGAUUUUUCGUCCGGAUUCUCAACAAAGCUUGUAAUGUUUCAUCCGAUCAAAGUUAAUGGAAGCGAAGCACAUCCCUUAUUUUCGUACUUGAAAAAAGCUUGCCCAGGAACGCUAGGCAAUGCGAUCAAGUGGAAUUUUACCAAGUUUCUUGUCAAUCGAUAUGGGAUUCCCGUCAAAAGAUUUGGUCCCAAUGAAGAGCCAAUGACGUUUGAAGAGAAGAUUGUAGCCCUUUUAAAUGAAAAAGCGGACGCAGCUUGA